AUGGACGAAAAAAGCAAAAGCAAAAAAACUGGAGACGCUCGAACAAAAGACGAGAAACGCGAAAAAGAUCGAGAAGCGAUGAAAAAACUACAAAAUAUGGAUAUGCCGAAGCCGGAAAAAGGCGAGAAUCGCAUCGAAUCGAGCAAAGGAUCGUAUGAAAUUGGAGACGAACUCGGACAGGGCUCAUUCGGAGCAGUUUUUCGAGUUCGACGAGAAGCUGACGGCAAAUAUUAUGCGAUGAAAUGUGAAUCGGUUCAUGUCAAAAAACAAAUUCUCGCUCAUGAAGCACGGGUUUUACAAUCAUUAAAUAUGCUAAAUUCUGUGCAUUUUGUUGAACUCGUCGAUCGCGGAAAAGUCAAUAAUCGAUUUCUAUUUUUAAUUCUGAAAUUAGUUGGUCAAAAUUUGUGGGACAUUCGAAUAAAGCUGCCCGAUCGCAAAUACUCGAUGAACACCAGCCUGAAGAUUGCCGAGCAGACGUUGGCCGGUGUUCGCGAUCUACACCGCGUCGGAUUCUUGCACCGAGACAUCAAACCGCCGAAUUUCGCCAUCGGUCGCGAGGAGGAUGACACGUUUCACACCAUUUACGUACUCGAUUUUGGGCUUUGCCGAAAAAUUUGCACAAAAGGUGUCGAUUUGAGAACACCUCGGGUGACGUGCGCGUUUCGCGGAACGACGAGGUACGCCGCGUUGGCCGCGCAUGAAAUGAUGGAACAAUCCCGCAAAGACGACAUUGAAUCUUGGUGGUACAUGGUGUCCGAAAUGCUGGUCUUCGAUAUUCCAUGGAAACAGUGUAAAGGAACUGAUCGAGAAGCUGUACUCAUAGCAAAACGAAAACUGCGCGAAGAUGAGAAUGCUUUAAAGAACAUGUUCAAAUAUGGUUGUUACGAACAAAUGGCCGCCAUUCUACAGUACGUCGAUAGUUUGGCUUACAACAGUAUACCUGAUUAUGACUAUGUUUAUAAUCAAAUAUCAGUUGCUUCGAAAAUAAAUGGGUUUACCGAUAAACAGCCUGUUGAUUGGGACAAAACUCGAGAUUUUCAUGGACCCAAAUAUAAAACGGGUGAACCUUAUAUUGUAAAAGAAUUAUUACCGUUAUAA